AGCACCGUGUCUUGUGCUGCGUGGGGGCGGAGCCCGGCAGCGGCAGCAGCGGCGGCAGUGGGCGCAGGUGCCCCCAAGAAAGUUGGUGGUCGCAGGAAGGCGCAAUCUGCAGUGGUUCGCACGGUCUCGUCGAGUUCGCACGCCAUCGCCACCAGGAAGAGAAGAGCGCACCAGCAGCACGCAUUUCCACGCGGUCGAGCAUGCCACCUGACACCAGGCCACCACUUUAAAGGGAUGAAAACGUUUCAUCGGACGUAGUCAGCUAGCACCCGCAAUGGCCGAACCGGAAGGGGACAACUGCAAGGAGAACUCCCAUCCGAACAAGCAAAAGCCCGAUGGUGAGAACAACUGCAAGAAGUCGCCGGUCAAGACCAAGGACUGCAAAAAUUCCAAGCAGAACAAGGACAACGUCACCAGGGUGGUGGUGGUGGCUCUGACCCCCGACAGGAGGAGAGAAACAUGGAACAAGAAAGUGGAGUUCCUCCUCGCGGUCGUGGGCUUCGCCGUGGACCUGGGGAACGUCUGGAGGUUCCCCUACAUCUGUUACCAGAACGGAGGAGGUGCUUUUUUAAUACCGUACACCAUAAUGCUGAUAUUUGGAGGUCUGCCACUCUUUUACAUGGAACUGGCGCUGGGCCAAUUCCAUCGAAGCGGUUGUCUGACCAUUUGGAAGAGGAUAUGUCCGGCACUGAAAGGAAUCGGUUAUGCCAUCUGCUUAAUCGACAUUUACAUGGGAAUGUACUACAACACCAUCAUAGGUUGGGCUCUCUACUACUUAAUAGCAUCAUUCCAAUCCGAACUACCUUGGACAAGCUGCCACAAUGCUUGGAACACCAGAGACUGCCAUCCUGUUACUGAAAUACGACCGAACAGUACCUCCUCAAGUCCUGCCAGAGAAUUUUUUGAACGAGAAGUGCUAGAACAAUACAAAGCUGACGGCCUCAACAGAAUGGGUCCUAUCAAACCCGCUCUGGCCUUGUGCGUCUUUGCGGUUUUCGUUCUUGUUUAUUUCUCGCUGUGGAAGGGCGUCCGUAGCACGGGAAAGGCGGUAUGGAUAACAGCCAUCGCCCCCUACGUGGUCCUCAUCAUCCUCCUCGCCCGCGGAGUCUCCCUCCCCGGCGCCGCCGAAGGCAUCCGCUACUACCUCACCCCCAAAUGGCACAAGCUCAACAACUCCAAGGUGUGGAUAGACGCCGCCUCGCAAAUCUUCUUCUCUCUGGGCCCGGGCUUCGGCACCCUCUUGGCCCUCUCCAGCUACAACAAGUUCAACAACAACUGCUACCGAGACGCCGUUCUCACCAGCAGCAUCAACUGCCUCACCAGCUUCCUCGCCGGGUUCGUCAUCUUCUCGGUCCUGGGCUACAUGGCCCACGUCCAGCACAAGAGCAUCGAGGAGGUGGGGCUGGAGGGGCCCGGGCUGGUGUUCAUCGUGUACCCCGAGGCCAUAGCCACCAUGGCGGGGUCGGUGUUCUGGUCGAUCAUUUUUUUUCUCAUGCUGAUCACGCUGGGGCUGGACAGCACCUUCGGGGGGCUGGAGGCCAUGAUCACGGCGCUGUGCGACGAGUACCCGAAGGUACUGGGGCGGCACAGGGAGGUCUUCGUGGCGGCGCUGCUGUUUGGGAUUUACAUUUGUGCCUUGCCGACGACAACUUAUGGCGGCGUCUACUUGGUUAAUAUGCUGAAUGUUUAUGGGCCGGGGCUGUCGAUUUUGUUUGUGGUGUUCGUGGAGGCGGCGGGGGUUUGCUGGUUGUAUGGGACGGAGAAUUUCGCGAGGGACAUUGAGAAGAUGAUUGGGCACAAACCAGGGAUUUUUUGGAGGGUGUGUUGGAAGUACAUCAGUCCGAUUUUUCUUUUGUCGAUUUUCAUUUUUUCCCUUCUUAGUCACGAGCAGAUGUUGGGCACAGAAUAUGAGUACCCUGAUUGGUGCUUUAAGGUGGGUUAUGUACUUACCGCCUCAUCGAUUAUUUGCAUCCCGCUGUAUAUUAUAUACAAGUUCGCCAUCACACCAGGGAGUCUAGUACAGAGAUGGAAAAUGAUAUGGAAAGCCGAGCACUCCUCCGACAACAGCGCCCUCACCUACUGCGGCGGCACCGAGGUGUGACCACAAAGCAUCGUCAGGUCAUACACAAUCGAAUGGUUAGUUUAAGUUAGUUGUAGAAUCUCGUUAAUUUUCUUCUUCUUCGGGCAAAAUACCAGCCAUAUCUUGCCCGGAAACACGGAUUACAAGGGUUGAUUUGCCGGUUUUGUUGUUUUAGGUGUACUUAGGAGGUGCGGCAACAGUGUAACAGCAGCCAUUGUUACACUCUUGCGUUUGUAUAUCGAGAUGUUUCCUAUAUUCUAGUCUAGAGUAUUAAAAGCGGGUGCUAUAUGUUGUGUAAUAAUAAAGUUAUUAUCAAAUAAGAGGAUAGUGAGAUCGUGUCCUAACAAUAAUCAAAUGAUAGGUUAGAGAUAGAUGUCGCUUCUAGCAUGCCGCGACUAGGGUUCCUGCAUGUUAGAUUAAAUUAUGUGGUCACGUGUCAAGGCUCCAUCACCUGUUGAGUCGGUAAUAUAAUGAAUAUAUUCCUACAUGUACAUACGAACUUGAAAUUUCAUGUACACAAAUGCGACAGUGGUGGAUCUCGAUACGUGUAUAAACAACGUGCAGGAACCCUAGAGCUAUGUUCUGUGUAUUUAGCAGUGGUUUAGCUGUCCAUUUUCGUGUGAAGGUACUAGAUAACCCCGAGGUUAGAUUUUUGUAGAACUGAAUACGUACGCUGUACAAACACUUAAACAAACAACAAGAUAAAACAUGACAAUAAAAGAUGACGGUCGACCGGAUUGAGUUGCAGAUUUUCGGUACUAAGCAAAAAUCGGGCCUAUUUUUGUGAUACUAACAGCAUUGUUGGGUGAAAUAGCAGCCAUAUUUCGCCUGAUGGUGGUUUGAUUGAAUUCGUUUGUGUGCCAAUUUUGUUUACUUAUUUUUUAUUAUCUCUUGAUUUAGUCCUAGGAUUUAACGGUAGCACUUUAGGAAUUGAAUUGAAUAUGUUGAGGUUUAUCCAAAGGAGCAUAUUAAACAAAGUAUUUGACUAAAAUAUAAUAAAUAAACAGAGCUGUCGUUGUGUUGUUGUUACGAGGAUAAAUUUAUAUAAAUUAAUUAAUGGUUUGUUUGUGUUGAUAUAUGUACAAAUUCUUGUACGGUUGCUGACGUCUUGCAGCCAUAAGGUGACAGCAACUAUUUUUGUUAUUGGAGACGAUUCGUCUAAAAAUAAUAUUGUUCGAUUUAUAGUUUUUAUGGUUUAGUGUAAGUGACCUUUUACUGUGUAUUAAUAAAUUUAUUUAUUUUUUGUAGAAAA